GAGGAAGGCAACGCGGGCAUUUCGGAAGUGAGUGACAAGCAAGGCAGAUUGGGUACCUCAUGAAAACAAUUCUGUUUUUUUGAGGGUAACAAACUAUCUCUGAAGUGUGAGCCAAAAUCACAUAAGCAGCCAUGCUGGAUGGGGCUCAGUUUGUUGAGGCCUUGUCACGGUUGGGUUACCCACGGGCUUCAAUGCUGAAAUGUUCAGAGUUUGACUGGUUAUUUGACACAGCACCAGAUAACCUGCACCUAUUACGUGUCGUCUGCAACCGUCUGAAACGCUGCAAUGUUUUAGCACCAGAAGAAUUGCAAGCGUACAAGUCACUGCAAGAGUCUGGAAAACCAAUUUUAGAUGAGGCCACACUGGCUGAGCUGCUUAAAACCUGUUUGCCCACGGAUGGAGGUUUCGUGUCACAGAGCUGUUCUUCACUCGGUGGACAAGGACAUGUUACAAUUGAGGAACUUGAGACAGAACUUCAAGCCCUCCGCAAGGAAAAGCAGCUAAAACAACGCAGACUCAACAAGCUGCAAAUGCAAGCUGCCAGCUGGGGUGCAAACUCCUCUCUAUCCCAAAUGCUGCUGCAGGAAGGAGACAAUAAAGUAAAGGAUGCCAACUCCGCCCUGGCAGCUGAAAAUGCAUACACCAAUUCGGCUCUAGACAACCUAUCAAAGGAGACCACCAAACUGGCUGGCUUUUUCCAAAGUGAUCUUUGCCUAAGGAGCAAAGAUGGAGUCGCUCCAUCUUUAGCUCCUCAAUCAGAGAGCCCAGUGCUUUUCUCUCAGUUGCCUCUAGACCCUUUCCUCAAUCAACAGGAGCAAUUCACCAAAACUCUUUCUUCAUACACACAGCGUCAAUUCUUUCAGGGAAUCUCUGACUUAAUGGAGACCUCGACCUUCAGUCGCUCCCAGCUGACCAAUCUGAGCUGUUGCAGUGAGAAUGGGAAAGAGGUGGAUGAAGAACUAGUAGAGCUCAGGAAGAAGGAGAUGGCACAACUGCAGUGGGCAUUUAUAGUGGCACAAUACCAGGUGGUGAAAGAGAAAGCGGAAGAGAAUGGUGACAAGGCAGCAAAAGAGUGGCUUAUGCAGCGAUUGAACAGCAGCACAGAGGCUGUGUGCUACUCGCAGGUGAGCAGACUUGAACCUGACCUACGCUCUGAGAUCACAUCAAUUCAGUCUGAAAUUCAGUCACUUUUGUUAGACCCAGUCCGCUCUGCAUUACGAGACUGUGCACGUCUUCUUAACAUCCCUGUGGUGCGUGGUGAUCUCGCUCUUCAGGUAGCCAGGCAAAAUUAUCUCGCCUCCAGACAGACUGAGGUUCGUGACCAGCUUCUCCAUCAAAAGGCCUUCUUUGAACUUUUACGUCUGGCCCAGGAUACAGAGCUUUUGAGAGGAAAGAGAGUGAUGGGGCAAAUUAAUGACAUCGUGGAGAGGCUGGAGGGAGCAACAAAAGAUGCUACUCAAAGAGAAAACACUUUGACACAGUCUCACUUGACUCAAGACCCCUACCUUGGUGCUAAUGCUAAUCAACAGGUCAUCAGCUCCAAGGACACAUCCUUUACUAGGUUGCUCCAGAUGCUUGAGUUGGGUAAGGCAUCCACAAACAGAGAGGAUCCAUUCCAAACCUACAGUAAGCUGGAAACUGCAGCCUCCAACCUACAAGAGGAUCUGGUCAAUGUGCAAGAGGCUUUGGAUGGGGCAAGACAAGAGCAGGCUUAUACUGGAGCUCGAUUAGAACGUGACCGAGAUGCACUUGACCAAGUUGCAUACUCGGACAUUGUGCAGCCUCUCCUGAGGCCGCAGGUAUGUGCUACAGCCACACCUGCACUGGAGCUCUGCCCACAUGCACAGGAGCUCACAACUGUUGUUGAUGAACUGGAAGUCAAGCAGAAGACUCUGUAUAUGCUUCUUCAGGAGAUAGUUGGGGACUUGAAAACCAAACGUGGAAGGCUUGAACGCAGUGCCACCCUGCGGAGAGAGAGGGAACUGUAUGUGUAUUUCCAUCUGGACCCAAGAUUACUCAACAGAGCAGUGAGAGAUAUAGAGGCUCAAGCAGGGGUUAUGUAGAAUCAAAUCUCAUUUCUCUACUCCAGCCAACAUGUACAGAGCUUCCUGCACAAAUAAUAUACCUAAGGAAUCAAUUGCAUGUAGGUUAGGCCUCAACAUGGUUGCUUCUAUAGGUCUCAUACAGUAUGUGGAUCUGUAUUAUCUGCUGUUCUUAGCUACAUUAACAAAUUUGUGUUCAGUACCUAGAUUCACAUUAAUCUGCAAUUGUACUUUAAUAGAUGUUCCAUAAUUUGUAUAAAUCAUGUUGUUAGUUAAUUUGGUAAUUAACAGAUGUAUCUUUGUUAA